AUGGAGUACGUUGAGAAUGGUGACCUCGCCAUGUAUCUUGCACAAAAGGAUGAGAGUGCGAGGCAAGACGCAAGUGAGAUUAGCAUACAGCUUCUGGAAAGUCUUGAGUUUUUACAUAAAAUGGGAGUAUUCCACCGUGAUCUCAAGCUACAGAACGUAUUGGUAGCCUGUAAAUCACUUAUUCGAGUCAAACUAGCCGAUUUUGGACUGGCAAAAUCAAUAGAUGGAACCCAGUUACGCUCAAUUGUUGGAACACCUAACUACCAGGCCCCAGAGCUAUUCAAUCUUUUACCACCCACACUGCGCACCUCUAAACAAUCAAAAUUUACCACUGCAGUGGACAUGUGGUCCCUAGGAUGUCUCGUACACAAGAUACUGGCGCUGGAAACACCUUUCCUUACCGAGGAGGACGAAACAGUUCCCAGUGGAUUCGUAAUUAAUAGCGGUGAACUGGAGAAAUGCAUUGACACUCAUAUUUUGAGCGAAUUCUGCUGCGGGCGAAUUGAUUUCCCGAAAAACCGCCUCAAGGCUUCCAAGGCACCCGAAAGUGCAAUCGAUUUUAUUCAAAGAUUAUUGGUCCCGGAUCCGAAUAGAAGAAUGACCGCGAGCGAGGCCUUACAGCACCGAUGGCUAAGCGAAGACUGUCUCAAACGGGGAAGGAUUGCUGCCAUCACCGGUCCAGAGUCAACGAAGAAGAUCGCCGGGGCCAGUCUGGUCGGAUAUAUAUUGGCUAAGCGAGGGCUGUCUCAAACGGACAAGGGCCUGGCCCGAACUACCCUACAGGGCAGUUGA